AUGUUGGGCUGGGUCCAGAAGGUGCUGCCUCAGCCUCCGGGGACCCCUCAGAAGACCGAGGAGGGAGCAGAACCACUGCCAGAACCAGAGUUGGAGCCUGAGGCAAAACCAGAACCUGAGCCAGAGCCCCAGCUGGAGCCAGAACCUCAGCCAGACCCAGAGCCAGAACCUGAAGCAGCCCCUGAAGAGACUGUGCCAGAGCCACCCGAUGAGCCAAUGGAAGGGGAGGAGCCAAUGGAAGGGGAGGAGCCAAUGGAAGGGGAGGAGCCAAUGGAAGGGGAGGAGCCAAUGGAAGGGGAGGGCGUAGCUGAGGCUGGCCCUAGCCUUCAAGAGGCCCAGGAAACUGACCCUCCUCAACCUACCCUUCAGGCCGAGGUUGCUGUUGCCAAGGUGAACAGCCCCCGCGCCUGGCUGCUGACCUGGUUCUGGAAGCACAUGGAGAAGGUCGUGCCACAGCCUGUUUGCAGCAACAAGAACCUGGGAGACCCAGAUCAGGCUGGAGCACAGAUUCUGGGACCCGGUGGCGCUGGGGAACCAGGGUCUGCAGAUGGUUCAGAUGAUGCUUCCGGGGCUCAAGAUACUGAGCCCAGCCUGUGGCUGCUCAGGUGGCUUGAGCAGAAUCUGGAGAAAGUGCUGCCUCAGCCCCCGAAACCCUCCGAGGCCUGGAGUGCUGAACCAGAGGCUGCUGUCUUGGAUCCAGAUCCUCCAGAACCCCCGAUGGAGACAGAGCCCACAGAGAUUCCCUCCCAGCCUAAUCCUGAAACCCUGGAGCCGGAGGAGGAGCCAACUGCAGAGCCCCAGCCUGGCUUCCAGGUCUCUUCCCUGCCACCACCUGGGGACCCUGUCAGGCUGAUUGAGUGGCUUCUGCACAGGCUGGAGAUGGCCCUGCCACAGCCCGUGCUCCAUGGGAAAGCCGCAGAGCCGGAGCCUGGCUGCCCUGGGACGUGUGAAGUGCAGACCAUCAGCAUCCUCCCCGUGGACCAGGUGGAACAUGAUCUUGUCCUCGAGGAGGUGGACCCCUGCUGGGAGGACAUCCAGCAGGAAGAGAGUGCCAGGCAGCAGGAAGACCAUGCCAGCCAGUGGGAAGACCAUGCCAACCAGCAGGAGAUAGAGAUGACUCCAGUUUAUGAAGAGGAAAGCGAGGCCAUGGUGGAGAUGCCCAGGUGGGAAAACAGAGAAGUCCUGGAAAAGGAGUCAGUGCUUGAGAAGCAUCUGCCCGCAGCCCCUGGGCACAUGGCUACCAGACCCCAUGUCAGAGCAUGGGCCCCCCUACCAGCAGAGCCCGGGAGAACCAAUGUCCUGCUGGAUAGCUGUUUGGUGGUGGAGGCUGAUGUGGACCAGUGCCAGCUAGGCAGGACACAGCCACAGACAGCAUCACUCCAGGAGUUGCCCGAGGAGGAGGAGGAGGUGGAGGAGGUAGAGGAGGAGGCCACCAGCUCAACAGUCCCCAGGGUCACACCUCUGCCUGCCACCUUCCGGCCCAAUACCAUGGCUAAACCAGGCCUGAAUAUGGAGCUGAAUCGCUUGGUCCAGGACCAGCCACCUGGCCAGGAGGGCCCCAGGCCCGGCCCCCCAAACCCGGCUGAGCACCUCCCCAAUGUGCCCAGCUAUCGUCCUACAAUCACCCGCAUUCCUGUCCUGGUUUCCCGGAGGACAGCCUUGUCCAACUCCAGCUUCGCCAAGGAGACCAGGAGCUCCAUCCGUCGCCUGGUACCAGCCACGAAAGAGCACCCAGAGGUCCAGGUAGAAGACACAGAUGCCGACAGUCGCCCCCUCAUCCCAGAGGAGACGUUACCUUCACCGGAGAGACCACCACCCUCUCCUACCAAAUCCGACACCCUCAGGGUCCCCGGCUCGGAUGCAGCAGCCCACAGGAAGAAGCUACCUUCUCAGGAGGAUGAAGCUGAAGAGCUCAAGGCACUGUCGCCGGCUGAGUCCCCAGUGGUUGCCUGGUCAGACCCCACCACCCCACAGGAGGCUGAUGGCCAGGACCGGGCAGCCUCCACAGCCAGCCAGAACAGUGCCAUCAUCAAUGACCGGCUCCAGGAGCUGGUGAAACUGUUCAAGGAGCGGACGGAGAAGGUGAAGGAGAAGCUCAUUGACCCCGACGUCACCUCUGAUGAGGAGAGCCCCAAGCCCUCCCCAGCCAAGAAGGCUCCAGAGCCAGCCCCAGCCCAGAAGCCCGCGGAGGCAGAGGCAGCCGAGGAGGAACACUACUGUGACAUGCUCUGCUGCAAGUUCAAGCGCAGGCCCUGGAAGAUGUACCGGUUCCCCCAGAGCAUCGACCCACUGACCAACCUCAUGUACAUCCUGUGGCUGUUCUUCGUGGUGCUGGCCUGGAACUGGAACUGCUGGCUGAUUCCUGUGCGGUGGGCCUUCCCGUACCAGCAGCCAGACAACAUCCACUUCUGGCUGCUGAUGGAUUACCUGUGUGACUUCAUCUACCUCCUGGACAUCACCGUGUUCCAGAUGCGCCUGCAGUUUGUCAAAGGCGGGGACAUCAUUACAGACAAAAAGGAGAUGCGCAAUAACUAUCUGAAGUCUCGCCGGUUUAAGAUGGACCUGCUCUGCCUCAUGCCCCUGGACUUUCUCUACUUGAAACUCGGAGUGAACCCUCUCCUUCGCCUGCCCCGCUGCCUGAAGUACAUGGCCUUCUUCGAGUUUAAUAACCGCUUGGAAGCCAUCCUCAGCAAAGCCUACGUCUACAGGGUCAUCAGGACCACGGCCUACCUGCUCUACAGUUUGCACCUCAACUCCUGUCUUUACUACUGGGCAUCGGCCUUCCAGGGCAUCGGUUCCACUCACUGGGUUUACGACGGCGUGGGGAACAGUUACAUCCGAUGCUACUACUGGGCUGUGAAAACUCUCAUCACCAUUGGAGGACUGCCCGACCCCCAGACCCUCUUUGAAAUUGUCUUCCAGCUGCUGAAUUAUUUCACAGGUGUCUUCGCUUUCUCUGUGAUGAUUGGACAGAUGAGAGAUGUGGUGGGGGCCGCCACAGCGGGCCAGACCUACUACCGCAGCUGCAUGGACAGCACCGUGAAGUACAUGAACUUCUACAAGAUCCCCAGGUCUGUGCAGAACCGUGUCAAGACCUGGUAUGAGUACACCUGGCAUUCACAAGGCAUGCUGGAUGAGUCAGAGCUGAUGGUGCAGCUCCCAGAUAAGAUGAGACUAGACCUGGCCAUCGAUGUAAACUACGACAUUGUCAGCAAAGUGGCGCUCUUCCAGGGCUGUGACCGGCAAAUGAUCUUCGACAUGCUCAAGCGCCUUCGCUCGGUGGUCUACCUGCCCAAUGACUACGUGUGCAAGAAGGGGGAGAUUGGCCGAGAGAUGUACAUCAUCCAGGCGGGGCAGGUGCAGGUUCUGGGAGGCCCGGAUGGCAAGGCUGUGCUGGUGACGCUCAAAGCCGGAUCGGUGUUUGGAGAGAUAAGCUUGCUGGCUGUGGGGGGUGGGAACCGGCGCACAGCCAACGUGGUGGCCCAUGGGUUCACCAACCUCUUCAUUCUGGACAAGAAGGACUUGAAUGAAAUUUUGGUGCAUUAUCCUGAAUCUCAGAAGUUACUCCGGAAGAAGGCCAGGCGCAUGCUGAGAAACAACAACAAGCCGAAGGAAGAGAAGAGUGUGCUCAUCCUGCCCCCACGGGCGGGCACCCCGAAGCUCUUCAAUGCCGCCCUCGCUGCAGCAGGAAAGAUGGGUGCCAGGGGGGCCAAGGGUGGCAAGCUCGCCCACCUGAGAGCCAGGCUCAAGGAGCUGGCCGCACUGGAGGCGGCGGCCAGACAGCAGCAGCUGCUGGAGCAGGCCAAGAGCUCACAGGAUGCUGGGGGAGAGGAGGGCUCCGGAGGAGCCGCGGACCAACCUGCGUCCCAGAAACCGCCAGAUCCCAAGGAGCCCGCAGCGUCCCAAGAGCCCCCAGCGCCCCAAGAUCCCCCAGGGUCCCAGGAGCCCCCAGCCCCGCGCUCUCCACCGCCGGCCCCGGGGAAGCCCGAGGGAGGCACAGAGGAGGAGGCAGCUGCGCCCUCGGAGCCCUCGGUGAGGAUCCGCGUGAGCCCAGGCCCAGAUCCCGAGGAGCAGAUGAUGUCCGUGGAGAUGCUGGAGGAGAAGAAAGAGGCCGAGUGAGGCGCCUGCAGUGCCUCAUGAGUCCCACGAUCCCCAUCCCGGGUGGACACCCUGCUGUGAGACCACCUGCCUGGACAAGCUUCCUAGCCCAAGGGCACCUCCUCACAGGCCCUGUUGUGGAAAUCCUCAAAUUUCAUCAAAUGGUGGUGGUGUUCUUGAUCCGUGGAGCGCCCUGCCCCGCUCCCACAGUUGCUAGUUUCAAGAAGAAAACCGCCUCGCACUUUUAAGAGGUUUUAGGAGGGAAUAGAAGAGGGCUCCGGCAUCAGCAGAGCUCUACUAGAAAAGUCAAGGGUUGGUGAUAUGGCGGGGUCCCCACCAGAACCCACCCUUGGUCUAAGUGAUAGGGAAGAGCUGGGGUAGGAGUGCACACCUGCAAACCCAGUACUGGGGAAGCUGAGGCAGGAGGAUUCUUGGUUCAAGGUCAGCCCGGGCUACAUAGUGAGAAUCUGCCUCAAAACAAACCAAUUAGCAAAACAGCGUGGGAGUUCCCAAGUUCCUGUAAGCAUCUGGAUUCCAGAGCAGUAAACACAGUAGUCUUCGCUGACAGCAGAGCAGGUGAUUGGGUACUCUGUACACUGAGAUGAUUGGCAUUGUUAUCUUACCCUUUUCAAGUUCUGCUUAUUUUAGUAGGCGAUGACAUUCCAAGUUCUCCGUGCUAUUCCUGGUACUCAUCCUCCCUGGCCACUCUGAAGCACCAAGUGACAACUGUAGGGAAAAAAACUAGUCCGUACUUAGAGAAUAUGCUUGUAGUGAGGCGUAGUGGAGCACUAGAGGCUGAGGCAGGAGAAUCACAAGUUUGAAGUCAGCCAGGGAUACCUGACAAUAUCCUAUCUGAAAAAGAGGGGAAUGCCCUGGUUCAUCGGUGAUGACUACGGUCCCUUGUUCAGACGUGUGGUGACAUUUCAGCCACUGUUCAUCAGUGAGCAUUUGGGUUGUUUCCAGUCUCACAUUAUUCAGGAUAACAUCACAGAGCAUUGAGAGGUCGCUGUGGGUUGUUGCUCGAGUUUUCCUGCUUUGCCCACAGUCAGGACAAAUCUCUGUCACCCGCCAGUCCCACAGCCGCUCAGAUCCAACCAAAUAAACACAGAG